CAGAGAGCUGUCGGUGGAAGAGAGUAGCCUGUCGUCGGUAGCCUGUACGGACCGAAAACACAAGCCGAGCUCUGCUGCACUUCGGCCCGCUUCACCGCCCGAGUCACCGUCGAGCACCGUGUUUUAGUAAAUAAAAUAAAAAAACAUAGCAUCCUGACUUUUUGUCCUGAAUUGGAGCUGAGGGGACAUUCGCUGUCAGCUAACUUCCACAAUAGGUCGCUGCGUCGCUGGUUGGACCGCUGCAUGUGUUUUUAUUCUCUCCUAACAGUUUGACUCCAGCCCCCUUUCACCCGUGCCCAAUGCUGAGGAAUGGAUAGUGUGUCUGCUAAAGGGGGGAAGAUGGUGGAGAGUGAUGAGCAGCCGGAGAGGGGUAGCGGCAGUGGCGGUGUUGGUGGCGCAGCGAUGGCCGCACUACAUCAAUGCGAACUCAUCCAGAACAUGAUUGAAAUCUCCAUCUCCAGUUUACAGGGGCUCCGGACCAAAUGCGCCGUGUCCAACGACCUCACACAGCAAGAAAUACGCACUUUGGAGGUGAAGCUGAUGAAAUACAUAUGUAAACAGCUGCAGUGCAAGCAGAAAGUGCCAGAGACGGAGAGGCCCGAUACGCUGGACAGCUACCCGCACUUACAAGACUGGCUACGCACCAUCAACCUGCGGCCGGAGCUCAUCGAGGCAGUGGAAGCAAAGUCUUCCCUGGAUGCCUUACUGCAGAUGUCAGGCACUCAGGUGAGGGAUACGAUGCGGAGACUGGGGUCCAGUUCAGAGGAAUGUGCCCGGCUCAGUGCUGCCCUCUCCUGUCUGAAGAGUGCCUCUGAAUCAGGAGGUGAGCUGAGGGAAGACGUCAUUCCCUGGUUGUCUGAGCCCACCAGGAGGGACAGUGGCCCUCUUCUGACCGCGGAGCAGCUAACCGGCCUGGGGACCCCACUUCGCCCUCACAGUCCUUCGCCUCUUGCCCGCCCAUCAGCCGUCCAUUCCACCCCAUCCACCCCCUGCGCCGUCUUCCCUCAUCACCGCUCGGGCUCGGUGUCGGCGGUUCCCAUGCCUGAUGGAAUGGCAUCUUACAGCUACACUGAAAGCCCUCUCACAGACCCGUUCCCCAUGGCCUUAUCCCACACCGCCCGUCUCCACGGACGCACAUCAACCCCACCUAUAACUCCGCCCUCGAAGAGGCGACACCGACUUAAGCCCCCCUGCACACCUCCACCGCCGUCCCGCAAAGUGCAGCAUCUGCUCCCGAACAUCACCCUGACGCGCAGCAAGAGCCACGAGUCCCAGCUGGGCAACCGCAUUGAAGAACCCCCCUCCAACAAAUGUGUAAAGAAGAAUAAGUUGUUACUGAAUAUGCAAGUUAACGGGAAUGGAUGUGAGGACUCGCCUUCCCGUUAUCCCGUCAUGUCUGCACGCACCCCGGGAGUCACCCCCUCUGCCACCACAGCCUCUUACACCCUGCCCGGCACCCCCACCCUGAUGGAGGAGCACAGCACCAUGAAAAAUAACGUAGCAGGGCAUCGCAACUCCCCACAAGCAGUGAGGAGGGACAUCGGCCUCUCAGUCACACACAGGUUUUCAACAAAGUCCUGGCUGUCCCAAACAUGUCAGGUGUGCCAGAAGAACAUGAUGUUUGGGGUUAAGUGCAAACACUGUCGGUUAAAGUGCCACAACAAAUGCACCAAGGAAGCCCCAUCCUGCAGAAUCUCCUUUCUACCAAUCGCCAAAAUUCGGAGGACCGAGUCGGUUCCGUCUGAUAUAAACAACCCUGUGGACCGGCCUCCAGAAGCACCGCAGUUUGGCACUCUACCAAAGGCCAUCACGAAGAAGGACCAUCCUCCUGUGCUGAACCAGCUGGACUCCAGCAGCAACCCGUCCUCCACCACCUCCUCCACACCAUCUUCCCCAGCGCCCUUCCAGCAGAGCUACCCCCCCAGCGCCACUCCUCCACCCAACCCCUCGCCCAAAAACCACCGGGACAACCGCUUCAACUUCCCAGCUGCCUGUUACUUUCAGCAUAGGCAGCAGUUUAUCUUCCCCGAUGUCUCCAGUCCUGCUCAUUUGCACCCUGAUGUCCUCCAAGACACUGUCAAUGAGCCAGCAGCGGACGACAUACAUGCAGAGCUGGUAGAAGAUGAGGAUGAAGAGGAAGGAGAGGAGGAAAUUGAGGUCGAAGACGAAGACCCAGAAGAGGAGGAGGAUAACGAGGAGGAAGAUGAUGAGGAUGAGAAUGAUGAGGAGGAUGAGGAUGACGGGGAGGACAUCAGGAUGAACAUGGGCUCGGACGGCGAGUGCGACGAGCUGGAUGACCUGCCCAGCUCUCGUGGGAACCAGUGGAAGGGCCCCAUCUGCCGCAAGGGCAGCCAGACCAGCGUCUACCUGCAGGAGUGGGACAUCCCUUUCGAGCAGCUGGACCUCGGAGAACUCAUAGGAAAGGGCCGCUGGGGAAAAGUGCACAAGGGUCGGUGGCACGGCGAGGUCGCGAUCCGGCUCCUGGAGAUCGACGGGAACAAUCAGGACCAUCUGAAGCUCUUCAAGAAGGAAGUGAUGAACUACAGACAGACCAGGCACGAGAACGUGGUCCUCUUCAUGGGGGCCUGCAUGGCUCCGCCCCACCUAGCCAUCAUCACCAGUUUCUGCAAAGGGAGGACACUGUACUCAGUUGUUAGAGACACUAAAAACACUUUGGAUAUUAAUAAGACGAGACAAAUUGCUCAGGAGAUUGUAAAGGGAAUGGGCUAUCUGCACGCUAAAGGCAUUGUUCACAAAGACUUGAAGUCGAAGAACGUUUUUCAUGACACCAAUAAAGUCAUAAUCACUGACUUCGGGCUGUUUGGGAUCUCUGGAGUUGUUCAGGAGGGGAGGCGUGAGAACAAACUCAAACUUCCACAUGGCUGGAUUUGUUACCUCGCACCGGAGAUUGUGCGCAGGAUGAGCCCAGGUAACAAUGAGGACCAACUUCCUUUUUCCACCGCGGCAGAUGUGUACGCCUUUGGCACCAUUUGGUACGAGCUUCAAGCAAGGGACUGGCCAAUCACCAACCAGCAUGUGGAAGCUACCAUCUGGCAGGUGGGGAGCGGAGAGGGCAUUAAGAAGGUCUUGGCGGAAAUCAGCCUCGGCAAGGAGGUCACUGAGAUCCUGUCUGCCUGCUGGUCGUAUGACCUGAGAGACCGACCCCCCUUCACCCAGCUGGCCGACCUGCUGGAGAAGCUGCCCAAACUCAACCGCAGGCUCUCACACCCUGGACACUUCUGGAAGUCUGCAGAGUUGUAGCAGUCACUCUGAAACACAAGCAAUGCAAAACAAAGCCUGGGUCUGCCUUGCAUGCUCCUGUAUCCUUAACUCUUACAGGAUUGAUCAAAGCAUUGCCUGAAAACAGACACCGCUUUCCACUAACCCGCAGCCUGAUCUUCCAUGUGUAAUGUUUUUUCUCGUUGGGGGGGAAGAGAGGACCGGUGGAGCGAGGUGUGGUGGAUGGGGAGGAUGGGGGGAGCUGUCGUCCUUCACGCUCCCCCCCCCCACCCCUUCCUUCGUCUAAUAUCUCUUUGUUCUGUGAUGUUGUUCUGGGGCUCUGAAUAACUGGCUUGUGGUGUCUGUGCUGACUGACUGCUGUGCCUGCUCACCUUCUCUGUGCUGCUGUGAUGUGGUUGUUCUCACACGGCCUCCUUUUACCCUCUGACACUCACACACACAUACACACACACGCAACAGUAAAAGGGCCCUACUAUAAAAUGGACCACUUAAUUUAUCUGUGUUUUCCCCCCUCCAGGGGGUUUAUACACGUUUGCAGGCUGAGUGACGUUCUCAAAGCCUCCCUUUCUCUUUCUCACUUUGUAUUGGACAAAGACACAUAGACACAAUACGCACUUUGUCAACGGGGGAAAAAAAGAAUCAUUAACACUUUUGAUGUUUUGUUUGGUUUGGAAUAAUCAUAUUUGCAGUGUUUUCUUUGGUAACGCUUUUUACGGUGUCUAUAAUCCAUUUUAUACAUACUUCUAAUGCGUUACAAACAGCUUAUAUCACUGUUUGUUUAUAGUUGUAAGCACUUGUAAAUGUUUGUAAUGCUUUAUAUCAGUAUUUUUAACAUAUAAAGAAUUUUUAUCAUGUAUCAUCAGUACUUUACAUCAUUUUAAUAACAUUAUUUUGUAUCAUCGUUUAUUAUAAUUCCAAUAGUUUCAAUACAUUUUACAAUUUAUUUAAGGCAUAUUAAUCCUUUAUAAUGCGUUAUAAUGUGAUUAGAAGUGGUUCUCAUUGGUGCUUUAAGUGAAGUGCUUUUUGAGUUAUAGUCAGAUAUAAUACAUUACAAGCUGUUUUAAGUCACAAUAAGCAAUCAUUUAAAAAUAUGUAGUUUAUUAGUUUAUCAGGCACGAGACAAAUCAUUUCAUCUGAAUUGUGUCAUGAAUUACAGAUAUGUUGAGUUGUGCAAGUCUAGGAAGUUGUAUUGGUCUUUGUAAUCUUUAGUUUUGUGUGAAACAGUUUGGUGAACUAAAUAUCUCGUCCUGCAUAAUAUAUGUCAGCCGUUUCCUUGGCUUGCUAGUUAGCUACUUGAUGAAAAAUCCUUCAAAUUAACAAUUAUUGAAUUCGUAUUUCAUGGCACAAUUCAAAUGGGAUUUUUAAAAAUGUUGUCUAUUGCUGUUAUGCUUUUUUUUUUUUUUAAAUGUCCCAUGGCGGUUUGUCAGAAGAGGCUGGAUUAUGCAUAACUAUGCUGCUUUCAUGAGCUCCUUGAAUUUCCAACUUUUAGUUCCAACUUGAGGAGAGUUCAAAUGAUUUCUUUUUCCAUGCCUCUUGAUUUGGAUCUGCUCCAAAAUCUGAGGGGAUUCUUCCCUGUCCCACACUAUAACCUUUGAAAACAUUUCAUGACAAUCAGGCCUGUUGUUUCUCUAGUUCACUGUCAGGAAAACAGAAGGAUAAACCCAGCCGAAAACAUAAUCUAAAAUGUCCAAGUGACCAGAUAUGAUUAACUAUUAUGAAUUUAUUUUAAGUAAUAAUCGCUGUUUAUAAAGCCUUAUGAAGAAUUAUGAACGCUUUCAACCAUAAGGUUAUCGUGCUUUAAGCAGACUGUUAAGGUAUUAAAAGUAUGUUGAUAAUGCAUUAAGGAUAUGGGCAUCAUAAAAAGUGCUUCCUUUUGUUUAUGUUCAAGAGGGUCUCAGAGUUGGACAGUGUGAUAUGCUCACUUGUAUGUUGUCAUUUUUGGAGUAUUACCUGGUAAAUUCACUGUAUUUGGAUGCUUAUAGACUUCUCACUGACUUCUGUUUGUGAAACAGCAGCUGAAAGGAAAAGACACAAGUGAAUUAUUCCCUUCAUCAUUCACAAUCCACAUGGGAAUAGAAUAAUGCUGGCUUUUUGUGAUAAAUGACUUUUUUUUAAUAAUAAUGUCCAUCCAUUGAAGUGUAAAGUGCACCUUAUACGAAUAUGACUUAUUAAGAAAGAUCUUUCUGUCAAGAAGUUGAGUGAUUGACCUGGCGCAAAAGUGUCCUAUAUCUUUUCCCAAAACAUUACCUCUUGUGCGCACUUGUGUAUGCUGUUUGUUAUUGCAGGCUUCAGGUUGUGCAUUGGAAUUGAUUUGGUGUGUGUGUUUGUAUUGUUGUGUGUGUCUCUGUGUGUGUGUGCGCAAGUGCGACUAAGGUGAGCUUAUUGUGUUGAAUUCCGUAGGGUUGAUUUUUGUGGAAGACUGCAGUAAAUGUUGUGUUGCAAAUCCAACGGUAUGUAAUGUACAUACAUUAUUUAAUGUACAGCAAAUGAACAUGUUCUAAUAUUUGUAAAAACAUUUUAUAUGUAAAGUACAUCACAACGUUUUUGAAUAGGUACUGCUAUGGCUACUACAGAUGUAUAUAUAUUUAUAUUUUUUUCAUGUAUAUAAUACUGUAUAAAAGCUGUACAUUUUUUUUAGAAUGGGCCGAUACAUGUUUUUUUAUGUUAUUGUAAAAAUUCAUAUUUUUGUAUUGCAUGUGACUACCAUUCUGUACACGCAGUUUCUGUUUUCAUCCAAGAAAGACAAUAAAAUGAGGCUUGUCAUGUAACAAUAAAAUGGACUCAAUUUA